AUGGCUGGUGGUUGGGUCAAAUCAUUGCAAUGCAAAUCCAAAGCUUUUGAAGAUGUUUACAACCCAAACACAAAAAACAGAAUACACAACACAAGCUGUAAAAUGAGUGUUCAAAACAUCAAAGACGUUGUCGUUGAAACGACAAAACAUAAACCUAAACCGAAACCGAAACCUAAAAAACCGCUUCAGAAACAUCAUAGUUCAAGAUAUCCAACAGCCUCCACCAAACCCGAUUUCGAAUCCACCAUGAACCGUUCAAGUAGCACCAACGCAACCGCAAUCACCACCACCAACCGCCACCACCCGGUGUCAGACCCUCGUUUCUCUUCUCUGACAGAGCUUACAGAAGGUCAUCCUUCUCGCAACGUGGUGGAGAUAAUCUUUCACACUAGCUGGGGACCGAAACCGUUUUCGGGUCGGGUUGAGAUGAUUUUCAAGGUUCACAACGGUUCAAGAACGGUUUCCCGGUUCGAAGAGUAUCGUGAAGCGGUAAAAGCCCGGUCUGGUUCGGUUAACUCGGAUUCAGAGGAUAAUCAUGAGGAGAAUGCGCGGUGUGUUGCGGAUGGGAAUGAAGUGAUGAGGUUUCAUUGCUUGGGUCCCACUUCUGGCGGUGGUCCCUACGGUGGAGCUAGUGUGGGGUUGUUUCCAGGUGGGAAAGGUACGGCGAUCUGCACAUUUUCUGGCAGCAGUGGGGCGCAUGAGAGCUCUGGUUGUGGUAGGGGAAGAAGGGCUAUGUUGGUUUGUCGGGUCAUAGCGGGUCGGGUUUCGAAGCAAACCGGGUUUAUGGACUCGUUGUUGGAUGGGCGAGUUGGAUUCGACUCGGUGAGUGGGGACAAUAGCGAGUUAUUAGUUUUUGAUUCGCGUGCUGUAUUACCUUGUUUUCUUAUCAUUUAUAAAUUGUAA